AUGUUCAUGAUGAUGAAACUACACCAUUUGAAGCACAACCCACAAGUAGCUUUCAUGUUUGUCACUCUGCUCUGUGGCUGUUACGCGGUUUCCAUCACCACCAUAAGCAUUCAGUUUGUGUUCAGAUACUUUGCAAUGGAGAGAAAAGGCCGACUAUCCUAUUUCCGCGGGAAAUAUCUGGUCAUCUGGUUCCUCGUUCCUCUUAUUGCAGGAGCCACGUGGAUUAUUCAAGACUGGGUUUUCUUGACUCCAAAUCCAAAAAUGAGUGAAUAUAUUAGUGAAACAGUUUACACCAAGUACGAGGUGAAUGUCACUGAAAUCACCUACGUCGGUGGUCUUUACUAUCUGCCUGACGAGAACGGAGUACCUCAACUGGACUAUAAACUACUCUGGGGCUUCUUAUCGUUCUCUGUUACUAUGGGAACCACAUUCUGGACGCUGAUAAUAUUUGCCGUGAAGAGCUACAAACUGGUCAGGGAGCUGCCGAAACACGGAGAAUCUGAAUACACUUAUAAACUGCAGUCUCAACUUUUCAAGGCAUUGGUUGUGCAGGCGUCCAUUCCGAUCAUCUUCCUAUUCAUCCCAAUUGGAGUUCUAUUCACUGCCCCUCUGCUCCACUUUGAUAUUGAACCCGCUAGCUUCUUAGUCACCAUAUUUUAUUCAAUGUAUCCGGCCGUCGAUCCACUUCCCAUUAUGCUCAUUGUAGCGGAUUAUCGGGAGGGAUUGUCUGACGUAGGUUACCAAAAGUUCAGACUAGAUACGAAAAAGACGUAUACUGAAAACAUAAAAAAGGCAGUCAUGGGAAACGAGCAGAGUUCGAGAAAUAAGAUCUUGAACUCCGGCGUUGAGAACGAAGAACUAUGCCGAAACCUUGCUGGAAAACGGAGGAACAAUGUGGGAUCUUCUUACACUGACCAGCAAGCGACCUCAAUUUCAUAA